UCAAUGGCACAAGCUCCUCCCUUUUGUUGAUGCGCACUAACCACUUCCGUGCCUGCGACCUCCCACGUGACCGCCGGGGCAGGGACCAGGCACUGCUGCAGGACCCCCCGGAGACCCCCUAGUGCAGUGUUACCCUAGCAAGGAGCCAUGCAGAGCGUCAUUAAUUCGGUGAAAGGAAAGGCUCUGGAGGUUGCUGUGUACCUGACACCUGUGCUCAAGGAGUCUAAAUUUAAGGAGACCGGGGUUAUUACUCCUGAAGAGUUUUUGGCUGCUGGAGACCAUUUAGUCCAUCAUUGUCCUACAUGGCAAUGGGCAGCCGGUGAAGAAUCGAAAAUAAAAGCCUACCUGCCAAGUGAUAAACAGUUUCUUAUGACAAGAAAUGUGCCAUGUUAUAAAAGAUGCAAACAGAUGGAAUAUUCAGAUGAACUUGAAGCAAUUAUAGAAGAAGAUGAUGGAGACGGAGGAUGGGUGGAUACGUUUCAUCAUUCAGCUGUGAGCGGUGUGACAGAAGCAAUUAAAGAAAUAACACUUGAGACCCAGGAUCGUCCGCCUGUAAUAAACCGCACUACAGGUUGUGAUGAUGACGAUGAUGAUGAUGGAGAAGCUGCAGACAUGGAAGAAUAUGAAGAGAGUGGAUUGCUUGAAAACGAUGAUGCAACUGUGGACCCUAGUAAAAUUGUAGAAACAAGCAAACCAAAAGCUGAGCUUGGAUGUGAAGAUGCUAUUUUACAGACCAGAACCUAUGACCUUUACAUCACAUAUGACAAGUAUUAUCAGACACCAAGACUUUGGUUAUUUGGGUAUGAUGAGCAACGACAACCAUUGACUGUAGAACAAAUGUAUGAAGACAUUAGUCAGGAUCAUGUGAAGAAAACUGUCACAAUUGAAAACCACCCUAAUCUUCCACCACCACCAAUGUGCUCUGUCCACCCAUGCAGACAUGCUGAAGUUAUGAAAAAAAUAAUUGAGACAGUUGCAGAAGGUGGAGGAGAACUGGGAGUCCAUAUGUACCUUCUUAUUUUUCUAAAAUUUGUACAAGCUGUCAUUCCAACAAUAGAAUAUGAUUACACACGGCAUUUUACAAUGUAAAUCAUACACAUGUGCAUUUUUAAAAAGAUAGUUCCAUAACAUUUUUUUUGGUUUUUCCAUACUUACAAACAUGCAAUGUUUCUGUAAUGUAUAAUAAGCUUCUUUUGAUUAAAUUUCUGCAUUUAAAUUAAAA